AUGAUCAAGAAGCAGUCGUCUUGCUCUUGUCUUCCAGCCGUGGUGUCCGUGGACGGGCGGCCGGUGCGACUCCAGCUCUGCGACACCGCCGGACAGGAUGAGUUUGACAGGCUAAGGCCCCUCUGCUACACCAAUGCAGACAUCUUUCUGCUUUGCUUCAGUGUGGUGAGCCCUGCAUCUUUCCAGAACGUCAGUGAGAAGUGGGUGCCUGAGAUUCGGUGCCACUGCCCCAAGGCCCCCAUCAUCCUGGUUGGGACACAGUCAGAUCUCAGAGAAGAUGUCAAAGUACUUAUCGAACUGGACAAAUGCAAAGAGAAGCCAGUGCCUGAAGAGGCAGCAAAGCUGUGUGCUGAGGAAAUCAAAGCUGCCUCCUACAUCGAGUGCUCAGCCUUGACUCAAAAAAACCUCAAAGAGGUCUUUGACGCUGCCAUUGUUGCUGGCAUCCAGCACUCAGACUCCCAGCAACAGCCAAAGAAGUGUAAGAGCCGGACCCCCGACAAAGUACGGGACCUGUCCAAGUCCUGGUGGAGAAAGUACUGCUGCCUGGCGUGACUCUCGGGGAGCUGCUGUCAGAAGUGUAAGAGCCGGACCCCAGACAAAGUACGGGACCUGUCCAAGCCCUGGUGGAGAAAGUACUGCUGCCUGGCGUGACUCUGGGGAGCUGCUGUCAGAAGCCUUGUGAGCUCCAAUGACUCUCAUGUAGCAUGUGCGCGUGGUCAUUGGAAGAGCCCUAAACACAUGACUCUGUCAUCCUUUAGUUUCCUUGUUUGUGUGAGCUUAGGGAUUUUUUAUGCAAGAUGAGCUAAAGAAGCUUUGAAAUUAAGUUAAAAUGUUUUCAAUAAUUCUGGAAAUUUAUGCUGUAGAUUUCUGGGUUCAUUUAUAUCUAAUGUGAAAAGGGCUCCUUAAAGCUGGAUGUCCAGAUGGAAGUUCUGCUGCAUUAGAAUGUACAGAAGGGCCAGGAGGACAAUUGUGCCUAACAACCUCUCUUGUAUAAGGGUUGCUGGAUGCCUAUGCAUUACGUGCACAGACCAGUCAUGGUGAGAACAACUCCCCUGCUUAGAAACCACACAAACCAGACCUGUUUUCUCCAGGAGCAUAUGUCUGAGAAAACGAGAGUUCAUCCUGCAAACCUCAUGCCUGUCCCUUUCAUCAUUUACUGCUAUAUUAGGUUGCUGAAGACUUUAAAACAAAAAACAUCUCACUACUGGCACUGUAUAGACCAAAGAGCAAACUUGUUCAUUGGGGUUUUCCAUCCUUAGACCAGUUGUGUUGAUACCACUAGAAAUGACUAGGAAUGCCCUGCAGGAGGCAGGCACUGAUGAUCUGUUUUCUUUAUGGAACAACAUGAGCAACUCAGAGAUCAAGAGUGUGGUCUGUGUGCCAGACUGCCUUUCUCCUGGUGAGUGGAGCACAGGGAGCCUCCUGGACAGGCACUCUUAGCUUCCACACUCCCAUCAUGCCAUCUGCAGGGAGAACCAAGCCACAGCCACACUUAUGAGGCUCACACACCUGUUCUUCUGAGUCAGCCAAAAACAGGCACAGGCACAUGGCACAUGCACAUACAGAUGCAUGUGUAGGUGGCUGGUUUACUGCUGCUUAGGCUUUAGACAGCAGAGAAAGCAGAACAUAUAGAAACAGCACAGUUUCUUAUUUCUUUGAAAGUACCCAAUAAGUGGUUUUUAACACAUCUUCAACCACAUGUUUUAGAAAGUAAGAAGAACGUCUCUUGAGACCUGUUAAAGCCACCAGUUAGUCCCCAGUGCCACAAGUCCCAGUGGUUCUGCAUUACUGUCCCUGUAGCAGAGAUAGCAUGUCAGGGCCAGGGGGCCGGGUAUCUAUAGGGGUAAUGGCUCAGCAGUACCUUUCUUGCCAUGGGAUAGUCAAAAGAACUAUACUCAAACAAGACCAAAAAGGAACUACACUGGUAGCACAUGUCCUUUAAGGUAGGGGUCUUCAGGAUGAUUGUUUUGAGGACAGUCUUGUGUCAGCAGAGUCCAUUCAUACUUUGUUGGGCAUUUUCAGGAUGACACAGGUGACCAGACACUGAAUCAUAGUGUCUGUAUUGCCCUGGUUGGGACAGUUACAUCCAGCAGGCAACAGUCUUGUCACUCAGUGUAUUUCAUAUUAUCUUUCUCAUAUUUAAAAAGACAGUUUUUUUGUUUUUCUAUAGAAAAAAGUAAAAUAUCAGGCCAUAGUUCAGGUUAGGAGCUGCUUUUCUUCCUAUUUGUAAAAAGGGCUAAAGAUUCCUUUAUCAAAGGUUAAUCAUCAAACCACUAAAAUCCAUGUAUUGUUUGCUGUUGAUUUCUUAGCACAUCGAAACUAAUCAGUUUUAGUUUCCUGAGGUGUUCAGUUGCAACCUGAGCAAAUAGCAUUACUUCAUUUGGGGAAAUGAUUUUAACAGAUCACAUUCCUACAGGCAGCCUCCUAGUUGGGGUUCUGCCUGGCCUGUGUGCAAAAGCAUGGAAAGGGGCAAAGUAUGUCCCUGGUAAACAAUUUUAAAAGUAUUAAAGCAGAUCUAAUGGAGUACAAGCAAGUUAGUUUUUAAGACAGAACAAAACCUUUUUAAGGCUGCACUCCCUGCCUCUGGGCCUCUGAGGAAGUGGUGUGAAGGAUACUAUGUGGCCCAACUCUGGAAGCUCUGAUCCAGGGUUCAAUAUGCCUGGACCAUUUGUGCCACAAAUCUAGUGGUGGCAAUUUAUAAUAUGCAUUUUAUAAGGUACGGUGUACUUAGAAGUUUUCCCCAUUCUUAUUUAUUUAUGAAGGUAGGGACUUGGGCUGGUAAAUCAUUCCAAGUAUGUGUUUGAGUUCAGUGUAAAGGUGCUUUGCUUCUGAGCUGAAAAGUGGCUAAAUAUGCAGCUUGGUGUCUCAGAAAGGGUCCUAGAAGAUGUGUAGAGAAUGCCUCCUGAGCCUAAUCCUCACAGUCUAAGUAAGCCAACAUGAUAGCAACACACUGCGCUGGGCUUCAAAACUGUCAUCUCUUUUUACCACUUGUAUACAAGUGAGCCUUUUAUAACCUUGUUCUUUGCUUGACAAAUUUUCAAGCAGCUACCCAGGAGUCUCACAAGCCAAAAAAGGACCCGGGCCUCCUCUGUAGACUGUCGUAACCUGGUGCCUUACCAAGUUGUGCUUUUCUGUUCUCAUAUGUCAAUGACAUCAAGCAAAAUCUUGUACUUGAAAAUGCUAUAAAUGAGAUAGUAUGAAAUAAAUUCUGAC